GACUUGCCAGUGUGUUCAAGGGAGAGUGUGUGUACGUGUGCAUACGUCCGUGCUUGUGUGUGUGUACGAGUGUGUGUGUGGAGCAGCCAACACACUUGCAUUCGCUCACAGCAUGGCGAUGAAGCGCCGAGAGACACGACGGCUCUCUCCCGACUAAAUGCUACCCUGUUCUGAGUGAAAGCAGGGGACUAUGCCAAAGGGAUAUACAUUAACUAAUAGCCAACUAAUAUUCUACUUCAGAGAGGAGAUUAUUGCGGAUUCCAUUAUAUGCAUGUUGCUAGCGGUAUAGCUGGCUGUAGAGACCCACACGCUGCUUUACCCCUCUGCUGGAAAUCAAUGCUUUACAUGGCGGUGGAGACUAUCUGGUUUUUCUAUCUACUUUCGUUGGGCUUCUGUGGACCAUCCGUUCAAGAGAAGCCUGUGAUGGUGGAGCUGAGCUGUGGGGCAGGGCCUGUCCUCGUGGUACUGGAGCUGGGACAGCCCCUGCUGUUGGAAUGUCACCUGGGGGCCACGCCCCUGGACACGCCUCUCAACGUCACCUGGCUGCAGGAUGGGUUACCCGUGCUGGAGGGGGAGGGGGACUCCCUCAGGACCCUGGCCAACGGCUCACUGCUGGUGCUGCCCACCUCUGUGGAUGGCCGGACCCCUCAGGGGGUGGAGGGGGGCUACAGCUGUGUGAGCGCCGGCCCCUUUGGAGCCCUGACCAGCCGCACCAUCACCGUUCACCUGGCCACGCUGUCUCGUUUCCAUCAGGACCCAGAGGCCCAGGUGGUGCCCGUGGGGGGUGCUUCCCGCUUUGAGUGCCAGAUAGAUGGAGUGCCCACGCCAAGGAUAACCUGGGAGAAGGACCAGGAACCCAUCCCCAGCCAGCCUAGGUUCAUCUCUCUCCCUAACGGUGUGCUCCAGAUCUUGGGGGUGGUUAAGGAGGAUGGGGGUGCGUACCGCUGUGUGGCCUCCAACUCUGCCCGGAAACGCUUCAGCCAGGAUGCCAUCCUCACUGUCACUACAGGUCCUGUCCCUGCCCAGAGUGAGGUGGUGAUCAUGGCACCUCCUCAGAAUGCCACGGUGGUGCAGGGGCAUCCAGCGGUGAUGGAGUGUGUGGCCCAGGGGGGGCAGCCCAAACCCCUGGUGUCCUGGAGCAGACAGGAUGGGAAGCCCAUCGCCACCGACGUGGUUGUCCUGGAAACCAACCUCGUGAUCCCCAACACACGGCGUUACCAUGCGGGGGUCUACGUCUGCCGUGCCAACAAACCCAAGACCCGCGAGUUUGUCAUCGCUGCGGCUGAACUGCAUGUGCCAGCCCCACCAGUGAUCCUCCAGCCCCCAGAGACGGUGUCUCUCUCUCGGGGAAACACAGCAAGGUUUGUGUGUAACAGCUCUGGGGAGCCUCCCCCGGCGCUGCACUGGCUGAAGAAUGGCAAGCCGGUCAAGUCUAACGGGCGGGUGAAGACCCAGAGCCCUGGGGUUCUGCUCAUCAACCAGCUGGGUCUGGAUGACGCAGGGUACUACCAGUGCAUCGCUGACAACGCUCUGGGAACGGCCUGUGCUACAGCCAAGCUGUCUGUCAUCGUGAGAGAAGGUCUACCCAGCCCGCCACGCCAGCUCUCUGCCAUACCCCACUCCAGCACCACCGCCCUCCUCACCUGGGAACGGCCCGAACACAACAGUGACCAGAUUAUAGGCUUUUCUGUGCACUACCAGCCAACUUCAGGCUCUGAUAACAUGGAAUACCAGUUUGCUGUGAACAACGACACCACAGAGUACCAUGUGAAGGAGCUACUGCCACACACAGCCUAUACCUUCUACGUGGUGGCCUACUCCCCCAUGGGAGCCAGCCGCCCGUCACUGCCCGUCACCGUGGAGAUGCUGGAGGACGGUGAGUAUACCCAGUGCCCUCCACAGCUGUCCCUGCUCAGCACCUCCCCUACAGACAUCAGAGUGAUGUGGCUGCCCCUGUCCUCCCAGCACAGCAGAGGAGCUGUCACCCGCCACCGCAUCGACUACUGCAAACUGGAACAGGUGGACAAUGUGUUUUCUGUGGAGGUGGGGGGGAAUGAGACUCAGCUUACCUUGCGGGAGCUGCAGCCUAACCAGGCCUAUCGACUGCGGAUGGCAGCAGGAACGGGAGCAGGCUUUGGUGUGCCAUCUGAGUGGGCUCAGCACCACACCCCAGACCACUUUAACCACAGCAUGGUGAUCUUUGCUCCCACAGAGCUGAAGGUUAGGGCCAAAAUGAACUCCCUCCAUGUCACAUGGCAACCCCCGCCCAAUCACACGCAGAUCUCCGGCUACAAGCUAUUUUGCAGGGAGGUGGUUGGUGAGGAUCUGACCAAUGGGGAGGCUCAUCCUGAGAGGGAGAGGGUCAGGAGGAUGGAGGCCCACACCAUCAAGCUCCGUAAGAGAAUCAAACAUCAUGAGGUCACUAGUCUGGUUCCUGACAGACUAUAUGAAGUGAAGGUGUGGGCCUUCAAUAAGCAGACGGAUGGCUAUGCUGCAGGAUGGAAGGGCAGGACGGAGAAGGCACAUGGCAAAGCGCCCCCUAAGGGGAACCCCCCUCCACUGCCCCCCAGCAGCAUCAAGGCUAUAGCCAACAGCUCCACAUCCAUCUGGCUGCGCUGGGAGAAACCUCGCUUCAGCAACGUCCGCAUCAUCAACUACACUGUACGCUGUAACCCGGCCGGCAUCAGAAACGCAUCGCUUGUGUCCUACUACACCAGCUCUGCUCAGGAGAUCCUCUUGGGGGCGCUAAAACCCUACACCCGCUACGAGCUGGCUGUGCAGUCCAAUGGAGUAGACGUGGUUGGUCCCUUCAGCGGCACCGUGGAGGAGUCCACUCUCACUGACAUACCCUCCACCCCCCCAGCGGAGCUGCAGCUCAGUGCCUUGGACUCCUCCUCUGUGUUGGUGAACUGGCGCCCUCCUGUGGAGCCCAAUGGCGUCAUCAUCAGCUACAGGAUCCUAUACACCAUCAACCUCAGCCAGCCUGAGCAUCUGUGGAACAACCUCUCCCAAGAUGGGACCAUCAUGAGUGCUGAGGUAACAGGGCUGUCUAGUGGGUCACAAUACUUCUUUAAGAUGGGGGCGUCCACUGAGGUGGGGGUGGGGCCUUAUUCCCCAGUGAAGGAUGUGCACACUCCUCCCAAGAAAUAUGAGCUGGACAUCCAUGCAGUGACAGGCAUCAUAGUUGGUGUGUGUCUGGGGCUGCUCAGCAUUCUCCUUUGUAUGUGUGUCAGCUUCCGCAACGGCAAGGCCAGAGAGGUGUCUGGGGGGCUGGACUCCACAGCUCUGCCCCCACAGUACCGCCGUGGGGGUAGGUCUGUACCCACCAUGGUGCCAGAAUGCAGUGAUUGCCAUGAGCUAGAGACCCUGAUGCCCCUGGGCAGCCUGGACCAUGACCAUGACCCCGACCAACCCCUCACAGAGCCCACUGAGGAGCACAGCCUCAUGGGUAAUGUAGGAGUAGGGGACGAUGCCCUAGGAGCUGAGCUCAAGGCUGCUUGGAAUGGGUCAGUUAGUCGUAACUGGGCCAACCGGAUCACCAGAUACAGGGAUACCAUCACAGAGGACUCUCCAACUCUCAACAAUGGAACUCUGGACAUGGCCAAAACAGAGAAUGGCAAGGGCGACCCUGAGGACCGACUGGGCUCCUCCCUGUGCAGCUGUAACCAGGUGGAGGCAGAGGUAAUAGUUCACUCUGAGCUGUCCGACCUGGAGAAGGAGCAGCAGGAGGCGCAGAGUGACGGGGAGGAGGACUCUCAGGCCACCAGGGGGCCCUCACUGUCCGAGGCAUCUUACUCCCCAGUCAGACAGCCUGCCCAGGCACCACAACAUCCACGAGAGCCAGUCAGACAGCCUGCCCAGGAACCACAAUAUCCAGGGGAGCCAGUCAGACAGCCUGCCCAGGCACCACAACAUAUAGGGGAGCCAGUCAGACAGCCUGCCCAGGCACCACAACAUCCAGGGGAGCCAGUCAGACAGCCUGCCAAGGCACCACAACAUCCAGGGGAGCCAGUCAGACAGCCUUCCCAGGCACCACAACAUCCAGGGGAGCCAGUCAGACAGCCUGCCCAGGCACCACAACGUCCAUCACAAGGGGAGGAGUCCCUAGAGACACAACCCCUGCCCAAGGUCCCACCCGGCCCUGUCCUGGAGCCAGUGUCCAAUCACAAUGGGCAGCCAGAGGGCAUGGUUGGGGGCAUGAUGGGCGUGGCAGCCCAACUGACUGUAGAUGUGGGGCGGCACCCAGGAAUGGGGCUCACCAACGGCUUCCACUCCACCAAGCCCCUGCGGCCGGGGCAGGAGACCCUGGGGAACGGGGACUCCAGACACUGCCCCCCUCCCCCGUCCCCCUCUCCUUUUGUCAGCGCCGGCCUUGUCCACUCUAACUCAGCAGCGCACAGCUACCUGUGCCCUUAGCAAGAGGAGAAACAACCCCCCACACCAAGACCAGUUGGAAUUCUUUAUUUUUCUCAUCCAUGAUGAAUCAAAGGAUUUUCUUUAAAGCACCUCAGUAUCUGAUUUUCUUCUUCCUGGCUCAGUUUUAUAGGUACUUUGAAUCCAUUGUUUUAUAUGUGUAUAUAUACAGUAUAUAUUUUUUUGUGCUAGUAUGUAUGGGUAUUCAUUUUGUUGCAUAGCAGCAGUAUGUUAGUCUGGCCUUACUCUGUACUUUCCUACAGGCUCCUAUUACAGACGUACGAUGACGGAAGCAUAUUGUAGAAAGGAGGCUAUUCCUUUUUUCAUAAGCCUUGACCUGUUGGACCUGUUGGACUCUGAGAAUGAGCGUGGGUACAUCAGGCCCGGCCUUUGGUUAACUGAUUAUGGUGGAGAGGCUCUUGAUUAAGCACCACGGAUGAAGAUAGAGCAGAACCAUGACCAUGUGGCCCUUUCACUCUCACCCUGGCUCCUUUCAAAUGACUGAGCUGUUCCUAUUGGCUUCACUGUAUGGAUGCUGCCUGCCCCAGCACCAGGAAAGAAGCCUUAUAUUUACACACUCUGAGAGUGCAGACCUCCUGUCUCUCUCUCCAACCUCCUGCUGUCUCAGGAUCCACACACACACAAACACAAACACACACACACAUUCCCUGACUAGAGCUUGUGGGUCUCAGGUGCCUAAUAUUUUAGGCGCAUUUUUAACCUCUGUAUAUUUAUAUAGAUGAUUAUAUUCAAUAAAAUAGGACAAAUAUGUUGAAAAUGAAGAAAAAGGAAAAUAAAUGAGGCAAUUGAAGAAAAUAUGAAGGAACCGCAUACAGUACAUGUAGUUGAUAUAGGUUGCAUUAUUUUGGGGGGAGGACUAGAUGAGACGUGUACUGUAAGUGUAUGACAAAAUAACACAUCUUACAGCAGUGGUCUCCUGGUUUUGCUCCCAGUCAACAGCACUACCUCAUUUCUUUACAGGAUGGUUUGUUGGUGAUUUUAAUAGUGUCGUGCAGAUAGGUGCAACUUUUAGAAUCAGUUUUUUAACUGUUUGAUUCAAUACUUUCAUGAAUAACUGCCUAUCCCCUUCUUUCUGUGUACAUCAAUGUGUAUUACAUUUACAUUUUACAUUUACAUUUUAGUCAUUUAGCAGACCUACAGGAAAUGACACGUAUGGUACAUAACGGCCUGUCACAGAUCUCUGUUUAUUGCCCUUUUCCUCUUAAUCAGUUGUUCCAUUAGAUCUGGGUUUCCAACUGUCGUCACUCCCCCCAAUGUUACAUCUACUUUGGAUGGGAGCAGAAAAACAUUUUUAAUUUACCAAUUACCUCAAAUCACUUUUCACCUUAGGUAAAUAAUGCAGCAGUUUAGUUACCAGACCUACUACAGAUGAACAAGCCUCCAUCAGGAGGCCUCACCCUUUGUGAUGUCAUCUCACUCAUCCUUUCUCAGCUGUGUCUGAGCUCCUCCCUCUGCAGGUGAGAGGGGGAUGGAAAUAUCAUAGAGAAAUAGACCUAGAAACCACUUCUAUUUUCAGCCAUAUUUCCAGUCUUUCUUUGUACUUUUGACUAUCGCAAACCUGAGGUCUUUCACAAUACCGCAUGUAAAGUCUACACCACUUUGAACUUUUUUCACAUUUUGUUGCGUUACAAAGUGGAAUUAAAAUGGAUUUAAUUGUC